AAAAUAAUGUUCCAUAGGGUGGAGGUUGGGACCGUGGGAGGGAGUUCUACUGGCCAACAAAAAAUUCUCGAUGUCAAAGCAUAUUAUCUGCUUCGUACGAUAGUAUAUCCCAGUUUCUCGUGUUAAGCUUAUAUGGCUGCGGCUGAGCUCUCUAACGUGGAAAUCCUGGAGCAGCUAAGGAAAGGGGUCGCUGAAUUUGAGCUCUUCUCCUCGCCAUUUCCACCCUCUUCAACUUUAAAUCCCAAGACCCAGCAGCACCAUCACGCAUUUCUCUAUAGGGUUCCGGAUGGGAAUCUCAAAUCCUCCCUUCAUUUCUUUGCCAGAAUCGGACCACCACUAGGUGGAGACUCACAAGCUUUGAAGAGAGUGGAACGCUACACUGUACAGAGAGUUGCAGGUGACGGACGAUGCAUGUUCCGUGCGCUGGUAAAAGGAAUGGCUUUGAACAAGGGCAAGACACUUGGCCCUCGUGAAGAAAGGGAGGGCGCAGAUGAACUGAGGAUGGCGGUAAAAGAGGUCAUUUGCGACAAUGACAAAGAACGUCUGAAAUAUGAAGAGGCCUUGGUUGCAAUCACUGUUGAUGAGUCUUUAAACCGCUACUGCCAGCGAAUUGGGCGAACUGAUUUCUGGGGAGGAGAGUCAGAGCUACUGGUAUUGUCGAGGUUAUUAUGCCAGCCAAUUGUUGUAUAUAUACCAGAACAUGAGCAUCAUGGAAGAGGCACUGGUUUUAUUUCAAUUGCGGAGUAUGGAAGAGAAUUUUGUGAGGGCACGAAGAAUAGAAAAGCAAGACAACCCGUGAAGCUUCUUUACAGUGGCAUGAAUCAUUAUGACCUACUUGUAUAGACAUCCAUUCAUGGUUUGUGAUCUUGUGGUCAACCAUAAUCAACGCUAAUAAAUCAUAUUCCCAGUUUUUGGCUGGAAUGAAAAUUCGUCAUUAUAUCAUCCGUUUAUUUUCCUCAUUUGUAAAUUGUAAUGAAAAAUAUCAGAACAUUCCAUUGCAGAUCUGCAAGCAGAUUUCACAAUUCGGUUUAGCGAUUGGCUUCAAUUUGAUGAGUGAAUCUCAGCAAAAGUUUGAAUCGGAGAUAGUUUUUGUUCCUUACCCUAGUCAAAUUUUCAUUUGUAAUAUGUGCUCACUAAGAAACAAAUGGUUUGCUUUUAUGUAUCCCAUUUUGUAUAUAUCAAAUCACUCUUAAUCUCUUACUUUAUAUAUCAAAUUUUUAUUAAAUUUGAUUUUGGUUUUGCG